AUGGUGCUCUUGGGUAAACUUAUAACUGAACUUGGUAUCAAAACAAAGGCUGAAAGGUUUUACAAACUAUUUCAAUCAGAACUUCACGAAGUUCAAAACCAUUGUGAAAGAAUUCAUCAUACCAAGUUACAUGAAGGUGAAGACUGGCAUGACACUGAAACAGUUAAACACUGGACAUAUGUCAUAGGUGAUGAGGUACACACAUGUUAUGAGAGUAUUGAAGAAGUUGAUGAAGAGAACAAAAAGAUGACGUGGAAGGUGUUUGGUGGAGACAUUGGUAAGCACUAUAAGGUGUUUAAGCUGAUCCUUGAAGUAAGUGAUAAGGCUGAUGGUACCGCUGCUGUUAAAUGGACAAUCGAAUAUGAGAAAAUCAAUAAGGAUAUUGAGCCUCCAAAUGGAUGGAUGGAAUACCUUGGCAAAUGUACUAGAGACAUUGAUGCUAAUCUUUCCAAAGUAAGGGCCGCUCGAAAGAAUUGA